AUGGCGCCUCAGCUGUAUACACAUGCUUUCAAUAUCUCCCCAGUAGAGAAUAGGAGAUUGUGCAUAAAUGGAACACCAUGGAUUUGGCAUCUCCUAGAAGAAUGUGUCGAGAAUGCGUGGGAGUACUGGAGCGUUGUCAUAGGACUGAUUUCCAUUGUCUGUUUUCUGUUUGCUGCACUACCUCAAAUUUACAUCGCCUGCCAGAAUGGAAGAGUGGAUCAAGCACUGUCUUUGGGCUUUCUGCUGUGUUGGAUAGCUGGAGAUCUGACAAAUUUCGUGGGCUGCUAUUUAACAAAUCAACUGCCAAUUCAGAUCGUCACUGCCAUUGUUUAUGUUAACAUGGAUGUAAUUAUGAUUUCACAAUUCCUCUACUAUAAGCUCAAGAAUCAGAUGUCAAAAUGCAGCAAAAGCCUGAAGAAUGUCUGUGUAACCUGGAUGAUGGUGUGUAUAGCGCUGUGUGUUAUUUUACCCUGUCAGCUGUUACUAAGAAACCAAGACCGGAGUACAGUAAUCGAGAGGAGUAAUGACUCUCUUGAUAUGAUUGAAAUGUCAGGCUUCAUUUGUGGCUAUAUAUCCUGUGUGUUUUACUUGGGAAGUAGGUUUCCUCAGCUGUAUAAAAAUUUUCGAAGAAGAUCAACAGAAGGCACCUCGUACCUGCUCUUCGCGCUAGCCAUGAUGGGAAACUCUACGUACGGGCUGAGCCUUGUUUUAAAGAUGCCAGCUACCGAAUCCUCCCGGGCCCUCUACUUCCUACACCAUCUUCCAUGGCUUAUUGGGAGCUUUGGAGUUCUGUUUCUAGACGUUUUUGUGACUCUGCAGUUCCUCCUGUAUCGCCAGCACCAGGAAGGGGCAGCUGGUGUAGUCGCGCUGGAAGUGGAACCGUUGCUGGUGAACGAGGAGGCUGCCUAG